AUGGGUCAUUUGGGUGCUGGUUUUGUAGAUCAUAUCCGCUCCACAGGGACACGCUUUGAGCAAGAAGAGCACAUCUACCUGUAUGACGAUGACUCUGCCUCAUACUGUAACAUCGAACAUGUACUCUCAUAUAGAACAGAACUGGCUCCGGAAACUCCUCCUCUUCCAAUCGUGAAGAAGCAGAUCUUUGUUCUCAAAGUGACUGGCGUCUUUGCUGAAGAAACGCCAAUAACUGUACAAUGUGAGAGCGACAGUACAGCGAAGACAAUCAUUCAACAGGUUCUGAUGAAUGCUGGAAAAAACGUAGACCAAGUAGAUGAGUAUGCCCUAAUCGAAGAAUUGCAGUCCGCUUCUGGAGAGGAGCCUGUCGAGCAGAGAGUGCUCCCUUCGAAUGAACAAAUAAUGGAUGCAGUUGCAUGCUGGAAUGGUUCAACUCGUCGUUUUGUUCUACGCAAGAAAGGCAGUGUGAGUGCAGACGAUCAUUUUAGAAGGAAAAAAUCCUCGCGUCGAUAUCCAAAACUUAAGAAGUUAUCGUACUCUCAUUCUGAGCCACCUAUUCCCGAACUUAGUGUCUCUUCAUUGCCUCCAAGCCGUUCGUUAACUCCUGCUUAA